AUGAAUAUCCUCACACCCACCCUUUCAAUCCUAGGCCACGACCCCCACAGAAACCAUCGAAUCAACGCGAAUUCAUUCCAGCAAAAUGCCAUUACCACUAUUAACGAAUGGCAAUAUGUAUGUUUUUACACCGAACACCCUGUAUCCACGAUACAAAAUGCGUGUAUGAUCAAUGUUGGUCGUCGGAGAGUGCGAACAGUCUCAUAUUCGGAGUGGGAGAUGGUGCGUUUGGUGGAUUAUGAACAGGUGGUGGAUGAUGGGCAUAAUAAUGUUUCGGUGGGGGUAUGUAGGGGGGAUGGGAGUGUGCAUUUGGCGUUUGAUCAUCAUUGUGAUAGAUUGAGGUUUAGAAUUUUGAGGCGUUUGGGAUCGGAAAAUGGUCUAGAUGAUGCGGAUGGGUGGGAUGAAUCGCUGUUUUCGAAAACUCUGGAUUUUCUUCCUGGGAUGGAACAUAGUGGUUUGAUGGAUGAGGUUACUUAUCCUCGAUUUGUGAACGUGGAUGAUGAUCUUUUGUUGACAUAUCGUAUCGGACAAGCAGGAUCAGGAUCAGAUAUUCUAUACCGGUACUCGGCAAAAUCGUCCAAAUACACCUAUAUAGGACAACACCUCACCGGUAUUUCCAAUAGUCCAUAUAUAAACGGUCUUAAUUAUCGACAAUCGCGUCUCCACAUGUCGUGGUGUUACCGGAACUUCAUCCCAUACGAACCUUCCGCAGAUUCCCAUGCGCAUAAACAGCAAGCGGGACCAAAUGGACCGGAAAAUAAUUAUGAUUUGAAUUAUGCUUAUUCGGAUGAUGUGGGCAAAACAUGGAAGAGCUCGGAUGGAACCAUCCUAGCAGUACUCCAUAGGGAAAGAGAAAAUACCAUCUUGCCAGAGUCUAAGGCUAGAGUCUUUGGAAUUCCUAUGGGGAGCGGGAUUUUGAAUCAAGAAGCACAAGCAGUGGAUUGGAACGGUGGAUUUUGGGUUCUGAAUAGAGAAAAUACGGCGGGUGAGCAGCAAUGGAUACUCUACCACCGUGGAAAUACAGGGGAAUGGACAAAACACACUGUACCCACUGAAUUUAACAAGCCCACGAAAACUGGCUCGAGAGGGAGUAUUACUGUUGACAGUAAGAACAAUGUAUAUCUUGCUUUGCCCGGAAACACAGAUUCCAGUCUCAGCAUUAUGAAAGCUAUAAGGAAGGAUGACCAAACAGUCUUUGAGGUUGCAUGGAGCGAAUAUGGGUUUGACGGAGAGCCUUCAAUCGAGAUACAGAAAUUGGACGGAGGUGGCGAAAACUUGUCCGUUUUCACAAGAACAGACAAAAAAGAGGAUGGCCAUCGGAAUAUAGUUGUUCUCGAUUUUCACUUCAAUUUCGGCCAAUACAUCCCUUCGGCUCUUCAAAAUGAAACACAUAUUCCGGUAGCAACUUUGCGAAGCGCAUAUCGACGCGCACUCCUUCGGAACCAUCCAGACAAAUCUCAAGGCCAAGAACAAGGUCAUACAAACAAGAACCAAACAAUUUACACUAUUGAUCAAAUAUCCGUGGCAUUCUCUCACUUAUCGGACCCCAAACUACGAGCACAAUAUGACAAGGAAUUGAGACUGCAGAAUCGUUCAGGAAGAGGGGCUGGGCAAAAGGAAGGAGAUGUUUUCCGAACGGGUGUCGAACUUGUGGAUUUGGAUGACUUGAAUGUCGAAGAAGAGGAUGGCAUCUGGUAUAGAAGCUGUAGAUGUGGAGAUGAUCGAGGAUUCUUGAUUCGAGAGCAAGAUUUGGAGGAGGCGGCUGAAGAUGGCGAGAUCAGUGUGGGCUGUAAGGGAUGCAGUCUUUGGCUCAAGGUUCUCUUUGGUGUAAUGGAGGAUCUGCCAAACGAUAAGGGACCGGAUGCGUAG